ACCUUCUAAACAUCAGGAGAUGUAAACAUUCUAUUUUUCCAGUUUUCCAAAAAAAUAUACGGAAAUUUUGAACUACUUUAGGAAAUUUUGAUACAAAGGUAUUUCCUGAUAAGGUUGCUACGAUGAGUAUUGACGGGGUGAAGAAUCCUUCGAUUGGAAGUGCAGCAACUUCUUCGACUGGAGGAAUGUUAUCCCCGUCAGAUAGCGACGCGAAAUGUAGGAGAGCGAUUGGUCGACUCUCGGAAAACUUGUACAUCAUGGGGAAUGAGCCAUCCCAAGCACUCUAUUGUAUUCAGGAACAUGUGCGAAAAGAAGUUCCCAAUAUGAUCCGUCAAAAGAACGAGUUUACCACGCAGCACAGACUUUUGCAAGGAACUUGUUACGACUGUGACUAUGCGAUCGGGGCGGUGAAAUCUAUAGAUAAAUCACAAGAUCGAUUCCUGUCUAUUCAAAAUUACCUUAAAAAUGCACUUUUCCUCCGCCAACAACUCAAGUAUGAAGAAUCUCGGAGAAAGUUGCAGCAGAAGCAGAAGAAGUAGCGCAGGAGGAGGAAAGGUCAACUGUCGUCGUGAAACAGUUACUUUUUUUUAUGAAACAUUAACAAUUCCAAGUUUUUUGUUUUGUGUGCUGAAUGAAACUCCUGAUCUCAAGAGAUUCCAAGUGUUACGCUCGUUUGUCAUGCAUAUUGCGCCUCUUGGGACGGAAUUAAGUCAAGGGUAUUAUACAUUAUAAUUAAAACACAACUUUUCCGCGUAUUGUUGUCCUUUUAAUUUUAGUCACGAGAAGAAGAAAUAAAAAGUAAGGAGAGAAAGCAAA